AUGACAUUCAUUGCUGCGGUGGCAGGUGCCGUGGCACCUCUAGGAAGUGCUAUAUUCUUUCUUGCACUCACUGAACUAUCGGAAGACUUCCAUGCUUUUAAACACUCACCAAUCUUGCUGUGGAGGGGCUCAGCUGCCUCUUUCUUAGCUAUUGGUACAGAAACUAUUGCGGAUAUUUGGGAGCCAAAAAAGCGCGGUCGUGCGACGGGGAUAUUCUUCCUGAGUCCUAUGCUUGGGCAGUUUCUAGCUCCGAUUAUUGUUGGAGAAGUAGCAAAAAAAUGGGGCUGGAGAAGUACCCAAUGGUUUCAGACUAUCUAUGGAGAGUUAAUAUUGAUUCUAUUGUUAUUUUGCCUUCCUGAGACACUCGCAAGACGAACCCCAGUUGUCGAGGAACUUGCUGGUGGGAACAUUACAUCCCAUCGAGCUAAUUUUGCUCCCUUGCCGACUUCGCCAUCCAUUCAACAUAGAAUGAAAAGGGUGGUAGUCAUUUUAAAAAAGUCAAUAACUGAUCAACUAAAGAUAUUGGGCUAUCUUCAAUUUCCAGCCAUCGGGAGGAGCUGCUAUAUUUUUACAGGUUUUGUGGGAGGAAAACGGUCGGAUGCUAUCAUGCAUGGAGAAGCUCGUGCUGCAGGUCGAUUAGAUGGAUCUGGAAAACUUAUUCUCCGACCGGAAGAUCGCAUGAGAGAAAAUGUUUUACUUGCUGCUGCUAUUUAUCCUGCUGGUCUUUUAUGGUUUGGGUGGACUGCGGAGAAGAGACUUCAUUGGAUAGUCCCCCUGAUGCUCACGGAGUUUCUCCCCAAACGAAGUUCGUGUGGUGUAGCACCAUUAUUGGAUGGAUCAGCAAGUUCUCAGUUUUGGGGUUACGAAACGAUUUGGGCCUAG